GACUAAUACAGGUUUUAACAGGAACACAUUGGCUUUUGGUUACUUUCUGUGAACCAAACUGCGUGAAUGGCAAACAUGGAAAUCAUACAGACAUUCAUAUUAAUACUUCUGCUUCCUCCUCAGAUCACUAUGUGGACAGAGUACCAGACAGUUAAUGUCCUGGCCUACACAAGGAUGAUGGAAAAUGGCACCAUAGACCAGGCAGUGGUUGUUUUGGUGAAUGAAGCCACAUUUGCAUACUUUGACCAGCCAAAAAAUACAUUUGUCUUGCGUCCCAGUGCAAGCGCCGGGUUCUCAGUUUUAGAAAACGGUGAUCAGUCGUUCUGCAUGAAUGAGGUGUUAGGAGGAUUUUAUCGACAAACUGAUUACCUGGAGAAACUUAAACAAGAAACAAAUUCAUCGAAAGCACUUUUGGAACGUCCUUCCGUCAAUGUGUAUACUAAAUUUACUGAAGAACAAGGAAAAGUAAAUGUCCUUUACUGCUAUGCCACUGGGUUUUACCCUGGUGACAUUGAAAUAAACUUUUAUCUAAAUAGCCAAAAGUCCACUGUGAAAGCAGAGACCUCUGACUUAAUGUAUGGGGAAGACUGGACCUUCAAAGUGUACAAGUAUAUGAAUAUCACCCCACAAUAUGGGGACGUGUACACAUGUGAAGUGAGACACAGUAGUUUGGCUGAACCUAAAAUGACAGAGUGGAGGCCUGAAUUUGCAGCAUCCACAUCACAUCCCUACUGGGCUUACGCACUACUUCUUGGCAUCCUGUUGGGAAUCAUGGUAUCUGUCCUGAUUUUAAGAAGAGAACAGCAUUCUCAAUUAUAAUGGGGGAAAACUGAACUGCAGUACAUUGUGGCUUAUAGAUGAGAACAGUAUCAUUUAUUUAGAUAGAAUCCAUUACAAUCUAUAAUUUAAUAUUUAUUCUGUAAAUCCAUGUUUGCCAAUUGUAUGCCUGGUUGUGUGUCUGAUUUUUAUUAAAAUGUACGCCUGUAUAUUCUUCUUCUUCUUAUUUUUUUUAUAAGGCACAUUUAAAACAAACGCUAAUUUAACUAAGGACUAAUCCUGGCUUAAUAAGCACAAUCAGGCCUUAGUGUUCUUUAGUCACUUUAAAAUAGUCUGUAUUUAUUGUCAAAGGCAUUUGUAGGCAUGGGGACAAGGGUGUCUGCUCCAGAAAAAUAAAUAAAUAAUAAAAUAAUAAACAAGG